CUGGCAAACGUCGAAGUGGAAGGAUCGCGCGCAGGAGCGCAUCUCUUGAUUUCCCUUCGAGGGAGGAAAACUCGUGAUUCUUCUGCUUGGAUGAAAAUCUCUAGAGUGCAAUCUUUGAGAUAUAUCCAUAGAAAUUAUUUAAUAACAGUGCAGUUGGAACAUAAAAUUCCUCUCUAUCGUUGGUGAAGCAAUGAAAAAUCCAUGACUGAAUGUUGGAUGGUAUAAUUGAAUUGCGCUCAAGUGAAAGUUCCGAGAAUAAGUGAAUAAAUUGGGGAAAUUGCACAAUUGAUGCCCUCUUACUCCAUCUCGUCUGCGAAACCCCCUGAAAAUGUGUUAAUUGAAGUGAAAUUUGAGACUUUUGAGAGUAAGGAACGGGGGUACGAUGUCGAAAAUCAAUUUUAUCGCCUAACAACGCGUCCAGCGUGAAAAUUGGCAUUUUCUUAGCGCUGUUUUCCUUUUGUGAAACAAGAAUGACACGCCGUAGACUGAGAGUGUGAGGAGAAAGUUGGGAAAAAGUUGGCGCUCGAGAGGCAAAAAAAGCACACGCGAUGGAUUACAUCAAGGAAUUGGAUAUAAGACUAGACAAGGAGUACUACUAUGCUGGAGAGUGUCUCGUGGGAAGAGUCGUUGUGGAUACCACGGAGAAUUUCAAAUUGAAAUCCAUACGACUGGUGUUGCGCGGGAAAGCGCACGCCGAAUGGAAGGUGUUCGUGUCCGGUGACAAGAGGACCGUGAAGGAUGAUCAGUACUACAUUGACGAGAGGGCAGUGAUCUGGGGUCAGAAGACUAACGAUGGCGAUCACGAGGCCGUACCUAUUUUGCAGCGCGGACACCAUGAGUUUCCCUUCCGCUUUGGCAUCCCGGAGACCAAUCUGCCCUGCAGCUUCGAGUCUCGCGCCUGCCAGAUCCGCUACUAUAUCAAGGUAACCCUGGACAUCCCGUACGCCUCACCACCGCAGGGCAUCAAGUACUUCACCAUCAUCGGACCGCACAUUGAUUGCAUGGAGGAGCAGUACCUGAAACCACUGACAGGCCAGGACAAGAAGGUCAAGUGUUGCCUGUGCUGCGCCAAGGGGCCGGUCACGCUCAGAUGCUCACUGGAUCGAAACGCUUACUGCUGUGGGGAAACUCUCAAGCUGAAAUCCGAAGUAGAUAAUCAAGGUGAAGACAGCUUGAAGCUGAAAGUACGAUUCCUUCAGUUGUGCGAGUUCUUUGUGGAGCGCGGCGUGCUGGGGGUCACGAAGGAGGUGCAGCAUCUGGUGCUGGAGUACAAGGGCGAAUCCAUAAAUCCCACAGAGAAGUCAGACACUGUCACUAAUCUCCGAAUUCCCACUCUGCCCACGACCAUGAUUAAUGUUUGUCGUCUCGUGCAAAUCUACUAUCAAUUGGUGGUUUGCCUGGAGUUCGAUAAAAGUGGCGAUGAUUUGCAAAUAAUUUUCCCCAUAACAAUCGCAACAGUACCAUUUAGGAUACCGAAUAGCAAUCUGCAGCCAAUUCUCGGAUAUGAUUUGGCUAGUGACCAUGUAGAAGGUGGAAUCUAUAUAGGCCCGGAAUUCUUAUUAGGCGAAGUUUAUGACGGUUUUACGAGCAAUGAAAAUGAAGCACGUGAGAUUUCUCCCCUCUAUCGUCCAGUGUACAUCACAGUGAUUAAAAGUUCACAGCAAAUGGCAUCAAAUUCUGCUGAUAAGAGAUUCAACAGGAAUUAAUUAUAUUUGUUAACAUUUCACCACCCACAUGCAAUAAGGCGUUCCCAACACGAACGGAUCCUUGCCCUUUCGCCUCUGUUUUGUGUAUCUUUACACCCAUUGCAAUUGUUAACAAGUGUAUUUUGACUACAUUGUAACGAUGGAUAUCGGAUAUGAAAUAAUAAAAGGCAUUUAUCCGCAAACAUUGUGGAGAUAUUUG